GCUGGAAAAUGUAUACCCAAUUAAUCAGUGCGUUGUUAUUUUUUCACUUGAGAAAAUAUUCUCAUAUUUAUAUUCAUAAUCAUGAAUAUCCUGUACAACAUCCACUAGGAAUAUUUCAUCAUUUGCCGUAACAGUAACAACCCAUUUUAGGUCAGUAUAUGAUCAAAUGUUUGUAAAUAUAAAGAGGUGACUGAUAUGAUGAUUUACUUAGUAAUGGUAAAUUUAUAUAAAGAUGUUUUGUUUUUAAUGAAAUUAAAAUAAAUCUAGAUAAAGAACUAAAGGCAUGUUGAGGGUUUGAUACAGAUGUGGUACUAAUGAUUUAUUUGGGCUACUAAAACCUUAAAGAAAUAAACCAGUUUAUACAUUUAUUAAUGAAAUACAGUAGAUAAAGGAACACGUUGAGACCUUAAAAUAAAAAAAAGCCCAUAAUAAAAACAUUUUUCCUCCUAAUGAUGAAAUAGAAAACAUCUGGAAUUGUUGAUGGUGAUGAUGAUGAUGUGGUUGAUGAUGAGGGUGGUGGUGAUGAUGGUGAUGAUGAAAUGACAGCCUCGAGGACUCGCCUAGGGAUGCAUCGAGCAAGAAAUCCGAUCAGCCUCAAGAGCCAUCUCGGACACGAGUUGGCCUGUCCGGCAGGAGCGCAUGCGCAAUGCGCGCCCCGCUGCUUUCCUUUUCCAGCAGCCGCUCGGAAGAGCCGGAAUUCCAACAUGGCAGUGUCGGUGGUGGUGGUGGUGGUGGUCAGUCUCACCCGCAAUAACUUGGAGCGGCUCCAGAACACCAGCGUCUGAGACUGGGACUGGUCGGAGCGGAAGUCCUGCGCGCUUCCCGACGAGCACCGACGGUCGCCAAAAAAUAGAAAAAAAACAAAAAAGAAAAGGAAAAAAGAAAAGCGCGUAACGGCGUGACCGCAUAUGAACAGCGACAUGAUGAGCAGUGUAUAUGGCGUGACAAUGCAGUGGGCCCCUGAGCAGCCGCAGUGGGCAGAGCAGCAUUAUGACAUCACAUCCACCACACGCUCACCAGCACGCAAGUUUGAACAUUUCCGCGGUCAAAGGUUAACCAGUUUAUCUUCGGCCGGCGCGUACCACCAUUCCUGGGCCAACGAUGACAUCUCGGCGUUGACCGCCUCCAACCUGCUAAAAAGAUAUGCGGAACGUUACUCCACCAUUUUGGACCUCCCCUGCGAUAAUGGACUUGUCGGAUACCCAGACCCUAGCAUUUCUGCCAGUGUGAAUGGACCUAGCGUUGUCAACAGAGCGCCGCCUUUGCUUAGCGGGCGGAAACUCGAGGCAGAGCCUUGGCUUGAGAGCGUAUACCCACCACUGGGUUGUGUCCCAGAACUGGUCCCUAAGGCACCAUUGAGUGUCUCAGAAAUGCCCACGAGUGUCGGUAGCCCUCCCGGUGUCGGAGCGGGUAGCUUGCCAGAGCCCAGUUUCUCCAGUAGUAACUGUGGUAGCCAAACAAGUGCACAAGAGUACAGCAGCACCCUCUAUAGUGCCCCUUACUUGCACUCUGUGGGUUCCUAUAAUGGACCACUUCUCCACCCGGUUGCCUCCCAUCCCAACUUAGUGCCAACUUACGGAGCUAACGCCUCACCCAGCCUUCCGACAUAUGGUUACCCAAGCACUGGAUACCCCUAUAGUCCUCCAUCCCCUUCUGCUGCCUGUCUUUCAACCAGCAUUGCACCAGCUACACCUUUACCAGCAUCCAGCAUUAGUGGCUACUCUUACCCAGCUCCCAGUCUGGCUCCAUUACCCGCUAGCAUUGCAGAUAAUGGUUCCCCAAGUUCGGACAGCCUCGGCAAACCCUAUUACUCAGUCGGACCUGGUGACAUAAGAGCAUUUGAGGAGUUCAGUUUUGGUGGUACUUCUAAUUCAGACAGUCCUUCAGCAAGCAGUCCGCUCUACAGGCCAGCAGGAGGAAACGAGGGACAUAAGGGAAACGGAUACGAGCAGGCGAGCGAUGCCACAACUCUACUCUUUAAACCUACCAAUCCCAGUGACUCUCUCCGUAACCUUGAGUCGCUCACUCAAGGAAGCGCUGCAUCUGGACAGUGCUUUGCAGCGACUUCGUGCUCAACCACUUCGUCAAAUCUGUACUCAUCUGCCUCGUUGCACACACACCUCUGCCUUGACACACACACACCUUGCUGAACUUUCACCCUCUGAAGGAGCAUUCAAAGGGAUUUUUGUGUUGGUGUUUUGGCUCUGACGAUGUGCACUGGCACCCCCUGGUGCUCUGGUGGGGGAUAUUACUUGAGCACAGCUAUAGGAGGUUGUACAAUCCAUGGAAGUGUACUCCUUACACAUACUUACACAUGUUGGCUUAAAGUUCGUACUUGCGAUGGGCUGUCCAGAGAGACUGCACUGAGUAAGACGUAGAACUGGGCUCUGUUUGGAGGUGCUGAAUAAAGGACGUAUAGGGGACCACUGGCUGGAGGCACGAUGUGUGACACUAAAUGCAGUACUUUAAGAAACUCUGAGCUCCUUAUGAGGACAAAGACAUGAACGGACAAACAUAACAGUGUUGAUUAGUAGGCAUUUGGAUUAGAUCCUGAGGAACAAGAUUUAUGAAUGUACCAUGUAAGUGUGAGUGAUGAAUACGCAGUAUACUGUAGUGUCAAUGGAAGCUCAAAGGCAGGAUUACCCAUCAUUAGGCUUGAAGCUUCUCCAUGUCAGUUUUGUCAGACAUUUUUUCCUUUCUUUAAAUGCACAGUUUGGCAAGAAAUCUGAUGUGCCCAAUUUCCCACUUACACCAAAUGUAUUCGGAAAGUCGACACCAAUAUAGUUCACCAGAUCGACAAGGCUAAAUUGUAAGCCUAGCUUUAUAAGACAUGGAGAACUUAGGUUUUAUCAUGCUAUGUUACAUAUUACUAAAGCGCCUAAAUGGAAUUGGAAUAACCAAAGAAAACAGCAAAUCGGGGAAGUUUUUCUUUAACCUUUACUCUGUGUUUACGCUAGCAAGCGGCAAUUUUCAGUGUAUGUGCCCACAAAGCCACCAGAAAACAAAUCAACCAACCUACAACAGUUGCACAAGACGGAAAAACGAUUGUCACCAAUUCUUACAAGGGCGAACACUUUGGAGUUACUAGUUCGGAUUCAUUUGAAACUUUGAUUGAUUUCAGAUACACAUAAUGUUUUUAUAUUGAAUGCUACACAGAAUGGAAGAAGAACCAACACACUGGAUUGCCGUUAAUCAUGCGUACCUGUGGCUUGUCACUAAAGGUCGACCGAUUGAAUGGCCGGCCGAUUAAGAUUUUUGGCUUUUAUAAAAUUAAUAUGCGAGCACAUCAGCGAGUAGCUAAAUACAUGCCAGUAGGUGGCAGUAGUCUAUAUUCCGCGUCCAAGAAUGUGAGUUUCUUUUUUGAUAACUGUAUUGUUAGAGAGUCUUUAGCUAGCUGUAGUUUAGGCAACAUGUAGACUAGGGUACCAAACUUGAUUACAAAUGCACUGUUGGAGAGGCUUGUGUCGUUCCGUAUCACUUCUUAUUACUUAACUGUUCGAUUUAAUGAGAUGAAGGAAGGAAAAAUGAAAGUUGGACAAACAUAGUGGACAAAAACAAAAUCGGCAUCAUAUAUCAAACCAUCAGCUGCCUUGAUUUCUAAUUAUCGGCUUCGGGGAACAGAAAAACCCAUAUCGGUCGACCUUUAAUUGUCAUUGUUUUUUCAUUCUCUAUGUCCAGGUGUUAAUUUUCAAAAGAUAAAUAGCAAAUAGAAGUACUUUUGCACCUUUUUUGCCACUCUCACAUCAAGCCGCCAUGUUUUUGAGCUAGCUCUGGUUUGUAUUUGCAUAAGAAAAUAUAACUCUUAAAUGGAAAAAUACCAAAUUCUGGUAAAGAAACAAAGGUCUAGUUUUCUUGAUUUUGCAUAUAUUUAGAAUAGGGAUUGUGGGUGAAGAAGUCUUCUAGUCUUGCAACAUUUCCUCCAUUUUACAACUGAAGAGGAAAAGAAGCAGAUUGUCUGCAUUUGAUUUCCCACCGUGUCAUCACUUCAACUAGUUUCAACUGCGAUUUUCAGAAUUCAAAUUUUACAAUCAUUUCCGCCAGUGUUUAAGGACCCAAAAUGUGUCCAGUGCCUCGGAUCUUCACGUCAAGGGUUUGUCCACGGAUUAAUGAGAUCAAAUCCAGUGUGUUAUUCCAGAUGUGGUUGAACUUGCAGCAUCUCCCAGAUGUUAAGUUGAACUUAAAGCAUACGUGAUCAUGCUCUGAACUUGUAGAGUUCCAGGACUACUCUGUGUGUGGGUGUGUAUAUGUGUGUGUAUUUCAUUAAUCAGAUUCACACUUGCCACAAAACACAAGAUGUCUUCUAGCCAUUCAAAGACCUACAAUAUUCCACAGAUUGUGUAUGUGUGUAAGAGCGAGUGUUUGUGUGUGUGUGUGUGUGUGUGUGUGUGUGUGUGAAAUUGAGCAGGAGAGAUCCUCAGGAAAGAAUUUGUAAAUUUGUACAGUUCCUCAGAUGGUUGUGUUGAGGGUUUGUGCACUAGUGUUUUGUUAAGGCUUUGUGUAUAUCUUAAAAAUAGUGCCACGUUUAUGUCUCUCCAAGCAAGUAGUGCAAACGGAGCUGUUUCGCUGAAUGUACAAAGACAUUAUACAAAGUUGCUACAAAAA